ACCAAAUCCCCUCCCAACCGCCCAAAAGAGCAUCAGACACUCUUUUCCCUCUCACAAUGUCUCGCCCUGAGGAUACCCUCGCGGCCGACGUCCACUACGACGAUGUCGAAGCCAGAAAAUACACCACCAGCUCCCGUAUCCAAAAUAUCCAAGCGUCCAUGACCCGUCGCGCCCUCGAGCUUCUCGACCUCAAGUCCCCCUCGCUCAUCCUCGACAUUGGCUGUGGCUCCGGCCUGUCAGGCGAGAUCCUGUCCGCCGUGGACCCCGAGGACGGCGGCCCUCACACAUGGAUCGGCAUGGACCUGUCGCCGUCGAUGCUGGACGUUGCCCUUCAGCGCGAUGUUGAGGGCGACCUUAUGCUUGCCGACAUGGGCCAAGGUGUGCCGUUCCGCGCGGGCUCCUUUGACGCCGCCAUCUCCAUCUCUGCCAUCCAGUGGCUCUGCAGCGCCGAAACAAGUGAUACGUCGCCUGCCGGUCGUCUGACGCGCUUCUUCAACGGCCUGUAUGCCUCUUUGCGCCGAGGUGGCCGUGCUGUCUGCCAGUUCUACCCGAAAAACGACACCCAGCGCAACAUGAUUACUCAGGCUGCUGUCAAGGCUGGCUUUGGCGCUGGUCUGCUCGAGGAUGACCCCGGCACCAAGAACGUCAAGUUGUACCUUGUCUUGACUGUCGGUACUGCUGGUGGUGAAGGUGGUACAGGUGAUAUUACCAAUGUCGUCGAGGGCAUGGAGGGCGUCGAUGUGGAGGAUGUCCGACGCAAAUUGGGAGCCAAGGCUGCUGGCUUGAAGAAGGGUAGCAAGGGCUGGAUCAUCAAGAAAAAGGAGCAGAUGGAGCGCAAGGGAAAGAUUGUCAAGGCCACGUCCAAGUACACUGGCCGCAAGCGUCGCAUUGCUUUCUAAAGCACUUUUUAAAGCAACUGCCUGUGGCGCGCCACGUAUCAUGAUGAUGAUCUAGAAGAAGACAUAGCACGGCGUUUUUUGUUUGGCGGAUUUCAUACUUUCCUUCCUCUUUCUUUUUGCUUCAUGCUCCCGAGUCGUCUACGUUGUGAUGGACAAGAGGCUUUUUUGUUUUCAGUUUUUAUGUUUGGGAAUCACUGCAGAUUAUUCGAUACCAGAUUACACCAGACACGAGAAAAGCAGGUAGACAAAGAUAAAGCAUGCCGCUUAAAGACGGCAAUUAAAUACACAUAUAUCAAAUAA